AUGGAUAAAUCUUCAGAACAGGAGAAACAGGAACAUCUCGAACAUGUUGAUAUCGACACAGCAAAACACCAGCAUGAACGAAUGCAAGAGGAUGGAGAAGAGAUAGACAUUUACGAUGAAAAGCAGAACAAGAAGCUCAACCGACGCCUCGACUUACGCGUCCUACCCUUAUGCUGCUGGGUAUAUCUCUUGAACUUUCUCGAUAGAGGAAACAUUGGAAAUGCCCGUGUGCUCAACACCGAAACGGGCGACGAUAUGCUCAGUAACACGGGUCUAACACCGCACGGCUAUGCUCUCACCGUUACCCUCUUCUCCGUCGCUUACGCCGUCUUCGAAAUCCCGAGCAACUUCGUGAUGAAGCAUUAUAUUCGUCCUUCUAGGUGGCUCGGUAUUCUUUUGUUCGCAUGGGGAACAUUAACCAUUGGGUUUGCAGGUGUGCAAAACAGUGCCACGAUCAUCGCGUUGAGGUUCUUGAUCGGAGUUUUCGAAGCGGGCUUCUUUCCGGGUAUUGUUUACUUCAUCACAAUCUGGUACCGCUACAACGAGCGCGCCGUCCGCAUCGCUCUCGUCAUCGCAUUCUGCAACCUUGCUGGAGCCUUCGGAGGUGCCAUCGCAUUCGGUGUUGGGCACAUUAAUGGAGCGGCAGGCCUCGAAGGGUUCCGGUGGCUCUUCAUCAUCGAAGGCAUCAUCACUUUACUGUCCGCCUUUCUGCUGUGGUUCUGUCUGCCGGAUUACCCAGCUCGAGCGAAGUGGCUCAGCAACGCCGAGAAGAAGUUCGCAGUUGAUCGUCUGGCCGACCGCGGUGGCGGUUAUAAUCAGGAACAUGCUAGCAGAAAGGAGAUCCUGGAUACAUGCUUCAGCCCGCGCAUGUUGCUGCACUACAUCGCAUAUGUAGCCGACGUCGUUCCUCAAGGGUCAUUUACUUUCUUCACGCCUACUAUCGUCACCGGCCUGGGCUACGAAUCCAUUCAUGCCCAACUCCUGACAGUUCCACCGUGGGUUGUGGGCUUCUUCGUUGCUAUUACGAUCUCUUACUCGGCAGAUCACUUCAACGCUCGUGGCUGGCAUAUCACAAUCGCAUCUCUUAUCGGAGGCACCGGUUGGCUGACCGCUGGUUUUCUUCCUGCCGACGCUUAUGUUCAGCGUUACGGCUGUUUAUGCAUGGCAGCUGCGGGAGCCUUUCCAGCUGCACCUUCCAUGACGAACUGGGUGACUUGCAACUCGCCAAGCUUUCUCACUUUACCACUCGCUAUCGCAUUACAUAAUUCUUGUGCAGGUAUUGGCCAAAUUAUAGCGCAGUGGAUUUGGAUGAACAGCGAGAGGAGUCAAGGAUUCCCGACUGGAAAUUUCGUUUGUGCCGCGUGCAGUUUCUUGGUCGCAGCAAUAGCGACGAUACUCAGAUUAUGGUAUGGAAGAAUGAAUAAUCUCGAGAGAUCAGAUAGUAGGGGAGAUCAGAGGGUUUGGGCAUUGUAG